GAACAUCUCUCCAAAAUUCUGAAGAAAAUCUGUGAUUAUGGAUCGUGAAAUAGCACAAAAGACAUGGGAGAUGUCUAACGACGUUGAUCUUGUUCAAAGUGUGGAUGAAAUUUACAAGUACGACAAGAAACAGCAGCAUGAGAUACUGCAAGCAAAACCAUGGACGAAAGACAACCAAUAUUUCAAGUAUAUCAAGAUAUCUGCUCUGGCAUUGUUGAAGAUGGUGAUGCAUGCUAGAUCAGGAGGAACUUUAGAAGUCAUGGGACUUCUUCUUGGAAAGGUGGAUGGUGAGACAAUGAUAGUGAUGGACUGCUUUGCUCUUCCGGUAGAAGGCACAGAGACACGCGUCAAUGCACAGGCUGCAGCAUAUGAAUACAUGGCUGCUUAUAUUGAAAAUGCUAAACAGGUUGGUCGUUUAGAGAACGCUAUCGGUUGGUAUCACAGUCAUCCUGGCUAUGGAUGCUGGUUGUCAGGUAUUGAUGUAGGAACACAGAUGCUCAAUCAACAGUUCCAAGAGCCUUUUGUGGCCAUCGUGGUUGAUCCAGUGAGAACGAUAUCUGCAGGGAAGGUGAACAUCGGUGCUUUCAGAACAUAUCCAAAGGGUUACAAGCCACCUGAUGAUGUGGCCUCUGAAUACCAGACCAUUCCACUUAACAAGAUAGAAGACUUUGGUGUCCACUGCAAGCAAUACUACAGCCUAGAGAUCUCCUACUUCAAAUCGGUCCUGGAUCGCAAGCUACUGGAAUCUCUCUGGAAUAAAUACUGGGUCAACACGCUCAGCUCAUCAAGUUUACUCACAAAUGCUGACUAUACAAUAGGCCAAGUGUCUGACCUCUCAGAGAAGCUGGAGAAUGCAGAGAGUCAGCUAGGGAGAGGUAGCUUCAUGCUUGCUGUGGACCAUGAAAAGAAGGCUGAAGACAAACUAGGAAAAGCUACAAGAGAUAGCUGCAAGUCCACAAUAGAAGUCAUCCAUGGUCUCAUGUCACAAGUCAUCAAGAACAAACUAUUCAACCAGGUCCAUAAUCGCUGAGAAACAAUACAAACUAUUCAACCAGGUCCAUAAUCGCUGAGAAACAAUACAAACUAUUCAACCAGGUCCAUAAUCAUUGAGAAACAAUACAAACUAUUCAACCAGGUCCAUAAUCGCUGAGAAACAAUACAUACUUUUCAACUGAAGGGACUAAUGACAUUGAUACAUGUCUCAAUGUAAAUGCUUACUUACCCAUAGUAACAUCCAGAUUAUUUAAACAGUAGCACCUAAAGAGUGUUCAUGAAAGUUUUACAAAAAAUUAAUGGGAGCAGUGAGCGAUUUAGCUCUCGAUAGCUACACAACUAAAAGCUCUGCAUAAAUAUCUCUGUGAGAAAAUCACAGUUUUACAACAACUUUUCCUAAAGGAGCACCUGUGAUCAGAAAA